AUGGGGCCCAAGCUUGGUGUCGCACAGAACCUGAGUUUCGACUUGCGCGCCCGCACCCUCGCUGCACUGGUGCCCGAGUGGGACAACGGACAGCGUUAUUUCUCCGGCAUCUUCCGCGGUGGAUCUGUGCCACACGACGGCCUGACAGAGGCAAGCAUUACGAUCCACCAUGCGCAGAACGCCGCCAAGUUCGUGUACACUGGCUUUUAUUUCUUUCACAAUGCCUAUGGUGGGGUGCACCUGGCUGACCGGAAAGACGGCCAUGUGAACGUCUCGGCCUUGGGGAACUUGAGGAAACGGACGUCUACCUAUGCCAUGCAGCCGGCCAUACUGCUGCAGUCUGAGGAGAAUACAUUGGUGCAGGUGGUACUGCAGCUCACGGGCGCCUUUGACGCGGCGCCAUCUACCCUCCAGCAGAACGUGCGCCAGGGCGUCACGCCGGCCACCGUCUUCCAGGCGGCGCUGGCCGUGCUCCUGACGAGACUGGCCGGCCGCGGCCAUGUUCUGAUUGUCGGCGGUCGGCAACUUCAUCCCCGUGCUUGCGGAGCAUCCACUCGGCCUACCAUGUCCCCCUUCCCUGCCGGCGGCCAAAAGAUCUGGGACCUGGGCGUGGCCGACGCGGUGCUUCUUGACGCGGGUAUGCACCAGCGCCAUCAAGGGGGGGCUUCGGCAUCGUUCGGGCUGGCGGCCUCGACGCGAGAACUGCUGGCCGCAAACUACAUCUACGACGCCUCGGACGGCAAUGAGCUCCUCCUCAACGACCUCCCCGCCGCCAUCAUCCUCGCCCACCGUAAUCACUUUCCUUCACCUGACCUUCCUUCGGUUCUCCAGACGCUUCCGUGCGAUCGGGACCACCCGCUUGAGACAUUUGUCCCCGACGGGGAGAAGCUGACCACACGCUGCUGCUUCGCGACCGGUGGGGCUUCUUCCAAGCUUCGGCUUUGGUCGAUGGUGGCGCGCCACCAGGCCACGGUCGUCGUGGCUCCCGGCGUUCGUGCGGCCGCCUUUUGCCCAAGAAGCCACCCUGUACGGCACUGGGACCUGAGGUGGAACACGGACCAGCUGCAGAUUGGUCGGAGAGACAGUAAGAUCAAGGUUGCCGGCCAGCGGCUUGAGCUUGCGCUCGCCGACAUCGAAGCCGUCCUCAACCGCGUGGCGCGGGAAUCGCACAAGAUCUGCGGUCGGCGUCUAGGGACAUCUGCUGAGAUUUGA